AUGAAUGCAGCUGGCUCUUGGCCUCUCUGUACUUUUUGGAUAAAACUACACCUUCAGGUGAAUGCAGAGUUCCUGCGGAUCACUACAAAACCCCUUCAGGCGAAGUUCUUGGCUCAGCUGGACAAUUUAACAGACAAGCUGAUGCAGAUUUUUGAGGGGAGCAAAGGAGCAAAGGGCCAAAAGAUCAAGGAUAUCAUGGCGAUCAGUAGUUUGUGUGAUGACAUCGACAUAAAGAGGGAGCAUACUCUUAAAAGCCUGGUGAUCUACUUUAAUGAAGAUCCAGACCUACUGUUCAAGGAGUAUCUGACCUCCUCCACUGAGGAUGAACGGCUGAGAUCCACUGCAGCAACUGUCAUGGGUAUUUACACCAUCAGAAGAGAAGGCGUUCAGGAGCCAGAGGAUGUUGGAGUUGUCAUUGAAGGUACUACAGUUAUGAACAACCUCGGUAGUGUCAUCAUGGCAUUCAUCGUCCUCUUUGGACUGAUUUAUGCACUUGAUCUGAGCUAUCCAAAUGACCUCAAGUACACUUUCGAGUUUUGUCAGAAGAUUUUAAUGAAUCUGGAUGGACAAAGGCUCAGUACAAAGAUGCAGCAAAUGAAAUUGAAGAUGUUUGCUUAGGCAAACAAGACCCCAGCACAAAAGUUGAUUUUGGCCUUUUUAUCUCUUUUGUUCAAACUGUGACCUUUUUUUUUUUCCUUUCUUUUUUUUGAA